UGUUGUGAGUGUAUUUUUUUUGUAUUGUGCAAGAAAAAAUGCCGAUUGACAGAGGACGAGCUCGGCAAAGAAACCGCAAUACAGUUUCGCCGGAAACUCUCCUAGAGAGCCACUUACAAAAGCUUCUCAAGGAGCAGGAGCUACUUCACCAGCUGCUGAUCAGCAAUCGUCCCGGAAAAACCCAGUUGGAAAAUCUUGGCGGCGAAAGUAUCUAUGAGAUCGAUGAUGAAAAUUUGCCAUGUUUUCAGGAGGCGGUGGGGGAGGAGCGAAAGGAGCUUAACAACCAUCCAAUUCUCGCCGAAAUGGUGGACUCGCCGAGUCCUUCGAAAUUAGAAGAUCUUCCAAAACUUCCAUCACGAAGGUAUCCAUACCGCAGAAACCAAAGCUUGAUCCCAACGCCUAUUUCAGUGGGCAACUGCACACAACCCAAGCUAAUGGGCCAGGGGUUCGACACGCCCUUUCUAUACCCUGAUUUUAUUUCACAAAACGAGGAAAAUCGUGUAAAGUACCUCUUCAGUUUGGUGGAUAGUCUGGUACUGCAAACAGAGCGAAUAUUUAAAUUGAGCGAGCAUUCUAUGGCCAAAGAAAACAUUAAAAACCCCUCCACUGGAGCUAUACCCAAAUCCAGGCCUAAACAGGAAUUCCAAAUAGAUCAGAUGGGCCAUGCAAAAUACACGAUUACUGUCAAAUCUCGUUUUAAAGAGCCAAAGCAACACAAUCCAUCUAAAAAACAUCGUUUAGCCAAAAGUAAGAUAAAUUCGUAUAAUAAAUUGCCAGACAUAAUCGAUUUAGAUUGUGAGUUCGGAAUGGAGUAUAUAGAAAAGUUUCGAGCCAACAACAUUCGAGAUGAAAAUAAGGCCGAGGGCGUAUCCGAUACUGGUCAAGAUAUAUACACUGAUGCUACGGAUUCGAUUGAAAUAGUGACAGAGGAUGAAGAAGGUGUAAACGAAUCCCUGAUAACUGUUAUUCCGAACUCCGAAUACCGUAAUGACACAUCGUUUCUUGAAAUUGAGAUGGCCAAAUCAUUCAAGAAACAGAGAAAAUGUAAGAAAAAGGACACCAACGUUUAUCGACCAACAACAGAUUUAGAUUGUGAGUUCGGAAUGGAGUAUAUAGAAAAGUUUCGAGCCAACAAAAUUCGAGAUGAAAAUAAGGCCGAGGGCGUGUCCGAUACUGGUCAAGAUAUAUACACUGAUGCUACGGAUUCGAUUGAAAUAGUGACAGAGGAUGAAGAAGGUUAUUUUGGUGUAAACGAAUCCCUGAUAACUGUUAUUCCGAACUCCGAAUACCGUAAAUCAUUCAAAACACAGAGAAAAUGUAAGAAAAAAGACACCAACGUUUAUCGACCAACAACACCCAUCACUAGACCCUCUACUCCCAUUGAUGAUGAUGUUCCCAGUACAUCGGCACAUGCAAAAUUUUAUCAGCAAUUUAAAGAUCCAUUGGAUCCCGAGAAGAGCGAAUCAAGUGUCUUAAACAUGUGGCAGUUAUUAACAGCCAAAGAAUUUAAUAGGGAAAAACGAAGGCAACAACAAGCACAGAAGUACAAAUAUGGAAAAUUACAACCGUUAGAUCCGAAAUCCGUGAUGAAACCAAAGCAGAAAUCUGUGUCUAUAAAAAGGCCAAACAUGUGCUCAAAAUUCUGUAGCGAAUAUAAAACGAAAAAAGAAUGGCUUAAAGCGGAACGCAAGUUUAAAAGGGAUCAGUACCUAUCAUUUUAUAGACCACAAGAUCUCUCCGAGCCCAGGAUAAAAUUGACCGAAGAAGUACAGUGUAACAUUCAACGUAGACUUUUCAAUGUUAUCAGUAACCAAACCAAGCCGGUACAACCCAAACCCAUGCCAAAAAUAAACAUACCCCAUCGACCUGUUGAAGAAAAAAAGGUCCCAAAACAAGUUCCCGAUAAGGGUACCACGUCACUAGACAGGGGUGAGUGGUUAAAGAAUCUUUUAAUAGACAGAGUUCGGCUGAGUCGUCAAAAACAUAAUAUGGACCAUUUGAUACCACCAGAGAAUCCUCUAAAAGCCAUUUACUUACCGAUUCUCCGUCAAGUUGAGCCCUUGAAAAUAUAUCAAAAGAAACCAAAGCCAUUAAAAAAAAAACCUACUAGCUUUGGUUUAAAGAUCAGUAGUACUAAUUACAUGACACCCGAGCCCGGUUCGCAAGCUUCACUUGCUACUAUAUUUUACGAUGCCAAACACACGAUGUCAAGGACCCCUAGCUCAACCGCUUUGCGCGACGAUUUAGUCGACGAAACGGAGAGCGUUUUCAGCUGUCAAGAACCAAGCGAUCCACAUAUUUUUAGCAGCCUAUCAAAAAUCGAGGAAAUACAACCACUUCAAAAAAAAAUCGAUAGGUCAACUACAGAGGAUAUAUCCAAAGAAAUUGUAGAUUUUAGGAAAUUCAUCGAUAUAGAUUGCGUAUCGCUACUCAUCCUGCAUCUAAUGUCAAAUAUGAAACCCAAAAAGGACAUACAUCUUUUCGAAUUUAAUCCCAAGAUUACUAAUUAUAUGGAUUACUUUUACUGGAAACAUUUAAAGGACGAUUGUCUAUUCUUUCAUUGGUUCGUCAGCGAGGGGUUUUUUCCCGCUCAUUAUCUUAUUAAUGUGAAAAAUUCCAAGGAACUGGAAAACGUUUCAGAUGAGCAGAUAGAUGAGGAGAUUAUGCAGUAUAUAGAUGUGGCAAAUGACGCUUGCAAGAAGGAAAUACAUUUAACAAGGCAAAUGGCGCACCUAAUGGUGACCUCUUAUUUUCGAGUUUUACAUCAUAGAGCCACAUCGGUUGAGUACCCUAUCCAAGAUAGAUAUUUGCUCAGAUGUCGCUCGGCCAUUUCUGUAGUUGAACUCUAUCAACAGGAGAGAGGUCGAAAUAUAUUGAAAAAUCGGGUCGAUUGUAAGCGACUUAUGAAUUGGGCCAUCAAACACGAGGGUCGCGUUAAACAGCUGAUCGACGAGCCUUUGUACUAUGCCGAGCAACGGGCUAACAUUGAUUCCUCCCUGGUUAUACGUACCCCAAAUUUGGAGUGCUUUAAGGAUUUUUACACUCGUCACGUAUUGCCCAAACCUGAUGCACUUGCCAUUAAUUCCAUGUUCAACAAAAUGCGUUAUCCGAGAAAUAGAACAUAUCCACAUAUGUCGUUUGUGUGCCCUAUUCCUGGUUGCGAAACGAUUCUGUGCUCCGAGAUUCUUAUGGCACACUAUUUGUCCGAUCAUUGUCGACGAUUGGAAGAACUUUGGCUUACAGAUCGUAUGAUUCUACUGUUCUAUCCGUGUUCCUAUCCCACAAAUCAGAUUUACUGUAUUUGUGUAAUCGCCUUGUUGGCCAAAAUUCCCGGACAGACGGUCCCGGUACCCCGUGUUGUAAUUAACGAGGAAUUACCCACGAAAUAUCUAUACUUUGCUGAACAUGGAGCAUGUUUCCUUAUGUUCGCUCCGGUUUCAAGAUUAUUAGUUGAAGGAAAGGUGACGCCUAAACCUUCCGCGGGAAUAGGCGUUGAGAAGCAGCAACUAGACACUUUGUAUAUAUUUUGGCUAGCUAUUGCCGAUUAUGAACUCGAGGUUGCGGGAUGUCGACUUCUUGUGUAUGGCCGGAAUCGCAGUGUCAAGGCUAGAUCUCUAUUGACGUUUGUGAAAAUGUCCACGUUUAAAGGUGUAAACGAUUUGCUUGUAACUCAUCCAGAUAGCUAUCUGGCCAUCGACUAUGAGACAAUGGCGACGGUGACAAACAAUUUUAAGGAGCUUAUUUUUAUCGAGGUACGAUACAUUAAUAAGUUGAAUGAGGAUCCCAAUAGUUCUGGUGAUGACAAUUAUGAUGAUUAAAUUACAGGAAGAACCUUUUUAUAAGACACCUUGAAGGAUAUUUGCAGGCAAUCUGCUUAUCAUUUUAAUACAUACUUUAAUUAUAUUUUAUAUUCCUCAAUAUUGCUCAAUAAAAACACUUGUGGUGGCGGGUAUAAAA